AUGGCGCGCAUCCGCAUGCCUUCCAAGGCCGAGAUGGCGGCUCCGUUCCAGUCCAGAGAAGCCUUCGCAGAAUGGGUCAAGGCCCCCGAAGCGCACAACGGACGAGCCCAGAUCGGCGACGCGAGAUGGUCGAACAAAGAUCUCGAGCCGACGCCGCCGGAGCAGAGAACCUGGACGUGGUACAAUCUGCCCAUGUACUGGUUUUCCAACAUGUUUGGGACGACUGGGUGGAACGUCGCAUCCUCGUUGAUUGCAGUUGGUUUGACCUGGCAACAAGCUCUCGUGUCGUGCGUGCUCGGCACGCUCAUCUCUGCCGUCGUCGUGACUUUGAUGGCGAGGCCUGGUGCCAUGUACCACGUCGGAUAUCCGGUUCUGGCGCGGUCGGUGAUGGGGAUGUACGGCUCAUACUUCUUCGUCUUCAUCCGGGCGGUCGUUUGCAUCAUCUGGUAUGGGAUCCAGACCUUCUACGGCGCAAACUUACUGUCCGUGUGCUUCCGCUGCGUCUUUGGAAACAGCUGGAACCACUGGGCCAACGCGCUUCCCGCCGGCGCCGACGUGACAUCGAAGCAGCUGUUGGCUUUCUUCCUCCUUUGGCUGAUCGAGUUCCCGUUUACCUGGGUGCACCCCACCCAUAUCCACUACCUUUUCACCGUCAAGGGUUUCGUCAUGCCGUUCGCCUGCUUCGGCCUGUUUGGGUGGUGCAUGGCGUACGGCACCGGCGUCUCGAACCUCAGCGCGGCCUCUGAGGCCGGGGCGGAGGCCGCCUCGACGACGCCGACCGGAUGGGCGAUAAUGGGCGGCAUCAACGUCAUCAUGGGGUCCCUGUCGCCCAUGCUUGUUAACCAGCCCGACCUCGCGCGGUACUGCAAGAAGCCCCGGGAUGCCGGCUGGCUCCAGGGGGCGUCCGUCUCCUUCGCCCAGAUCCUCGUCUUCUUCCUCGGGCUGGCCUCGACGACCUCUCUGCAGGGGGCCUGGGGUGUUGCUUACUGGAACCUGUGGGACAUGCUAAACGCCAUCCUCGAUCACUACUGGACCCCUGCCGCCCGCGCCGGCGUCUUCUUCGUGGCCCUCUGCUUCAUCCUCAGCGUGCUGGCGGUCAACUUUGGCGCCAACUCGAUCCCCUUCGGCGCCGACAUGACUGGCCUGUUCCCCAAGUACCUGACUAUCCGCCGAGGGCAAAUCGUGUGCGCUAUCCUCGGCAUCGCGGUGCUGCCGUGGAAGCUGAUCGCCAACGCCGCCGCCUUCUUGUCGUUCCUGGGCAGUUACAACAUCUUCAUGGCCCCUCUCUGCGCGAUCAUCAUAUUCGAUUACGCCUUUGCUCGCAAAGGCAACAUCCACGUGCCUUCGUUGUACAACGGCUCCAAGGACGGCCUGUACUGGUUCAAGUCCGGCAUCAACUGGGCUGGCGUGUUUGCCUGGAUUGGCGGCACAGUCAUGGGCUUGCCCGGUCUCGUCGGAGAGUACCAGCCGCAGAUCGUUUCUCAGCCCGCCAAAUACAUGUACAUGAUGGGCUGGGUAUUGACCUUCUGCUCGUCGGCCAUCAUAUACACAGUCCUCAUUCAUACAUUCAAGACCAAGGUCUACCCGCCGGGGUUCGAGAGCAUGCCGAUGGAGUACGAGUGGCUGGCAAAAGAGGGACGAGAUGGCUUCUUCGAGGGCGAGAGAGAAGAAGAGAUCUAUGCACCGCCGUCCCCGCGGGUCACGGGCGGGGAAGAGUUGCAUAUGGGGGAGAAAGGGCAGAAGGCGGAAGCGUGA